AUGAAGCCACAGAGCAACGCAGCUGGACUUGGUGGCUCUCCCUACUGGCCUUUUUCCACAGCUGAUCUCUACAAUUGGAAGAUUCACAAUCCCCCUUUUACUGAGAACCCCCAAGCCUUGACUGACUUGUUUGAAUCUGUCCUUUUCUCUCACCAGCCCACUUGGGAUGAUUGCCAACAGCUUUUACAGACACUCCUGACUACCGAGGAGAGGGGACGAGUUCUUCUAGAAGCAAGGAAGAAUGUCCCAGGGGCGGAUGGGAGGCCUACAGUUCUCCCCGACGAAAUUAAUAAUGGGUUCCCUCUCUCUCAUCCUGAUUGGGAUUACAAUACACCAGAGGGUAGGCAGCACUUGAAGGUUUACGACCAGACUAUAAUGGUGGGUCUCCGUGGGGCUGCUCGAAGACUCACCAAUUUGACUAAGGUAAGAGAAGUGGUCCAGGGGCCAGAGGAAUCUCCUGCAGCCUACUUAGAAUGGCUGAUGGAUGCAUUCCGCCAGUUUACUCCCUAUGACCCUGCUUCAGAGGAGCACAGGGCAACAGUAGCUGUAUCUUUCAUAGAUCAGUCAGCUAGGGAUAUUCGUAGGAAAAUUCAGAAAUUAGAAGGUCUGCAGGAUAAGUCGUUAAAGGAUUUAGUGCAAGUAGCAGAGAAAGUCUUCUAUAGUCGAGAAACAGAAAAAAAAAAAGAAAAAAGGAAACAGAAAGAACAGGAGAUGAGAGAGAGAGAGAGAGACAAGAGGCAGGAUAAAAAAUUGACUAAGAUUCUGGCCACCACAGUUCAGGAAAGUCGUACGAAAAGGGAGAGAGUUCCUGGCAACCGUAAGGGCCCUUUGUCUAAGGACCAGUGUGCCUACUGCAAGGAGAUGGGACACUGGAGGAGGGAUUGCCCCAAAAGGAAGAAGAAGCAGCUGAAUUCUCGAGCCACAGGGACCAGGGUCCUGACCUUAAACAAUGACAGCAAUUAGGGAGGACAGGGUUCGGUUCCCCUCCCCGAACACAGGGUAACCCUCAAGGUGGAGGGGAAGCCAGUCCAUUUUCUAGUGGAUACUGGCGCUCAGUAUCCACUAGAUUCUGUUCUGCUGCAAGACUCAGGGGCUAAGAAAGAAAAAAAAUCAUGGGUUCAAGGGGCCACUGGAUAUAAGCAAUAUACAUGGACUACCCGAAGAACAGUGGACCUUGGAGUGGGCCGCUUAUCCCACUCUUUCUUAGUCAUGCCUGACUGCCCAUACCCAUUGCUUGGAUGGGAUAUCCUGACCAAAAUAGGGGCCCACAUCUAUUUUAACCCAGAAGGCCCACAGGUUACAGAUAAAAGAGGGGCUCCUAUUCACAUGCUUACAAUUCACUUGAAAGAUAAAUACUGGCUAUUUGAAAAUUUAAAAGAGGGGGGAAAAGACAUUGACUGGUGGGUAAAAAAAUACCCUGAGGCCUGGGCUGAAACAGCUGGCUUAGGGAAAGCAAGAAAGCAACCGCCAGUCCAGAUAGAGCUAAAACCUCAGGCAGCCCCAGUUGCAGUGCAGCAUUAUCCAAUGUCUAAGGAAGCCCAUGAUGGGAUUCGCCCUCAUAUACAGCGACUCCUUGACCUAGGGGUUUUGAAAAGGUGUCAAUCUGCUUGGAAUACUCCAUUACUGCCGGUCCAAAAGCCUGGGAGCAACGAUUAUCGGCCUGUGCAAGACCUGAGGGAAGUUAACAAACAGGUUAUGGACUUACAUCCAACAGUCCCCAACCCGUAUAACCUGCUGAGCUCCCUUCCCCCUGACAGAGCCUGGUAUACUGUUCUAGACUUUAAAGAUGCAUUCUUUUGUCUUCAACUUAGCCCCGCCAGCCAAGACAUUUUCUCUUUUGAAUGGAAAGAUCCCGACUCCGGGGUCUUGGGCCAACUAACUUGGACUAGACUUCCCCAAGGAUUUAAGAAUUCUCCUACCAUAUUUGAUGAAGCCCUGCACUGAGACCUGGCACACUUCUGGGCCACAAAUACUCAGGUAACUCUUCUCCAGUAAGUGGAUGACAUCUUACUAGCUGCAGAUUGUCAGAAAACCUGUCUCAAAGCCACUGGCCAACUGUUACAAAAAUUGGGUGAACUCGGCUAUAGAGCAUCAGCAAAGAAGGCCCAGAUAUGCCGGAAAAAGGUCAGUUACCUGGGGUAUAUACUAAAGGAAGGAAAAAGAUGGUUAUCGGAGGCUAGAAAAGAGACUGUGUUUCAUAUUCCCCCUCCACGAACUACAAAACAACUGAGGGAAUUUCUUGGUACAGCGGGGUUUUGCCGAUUAUGGAUUCCUGGGUUCACUGAAAUGGCAGCCCCUCUGUAUGCCCUUACAAAGGGCAAUGACUCUUUUUCCUGGGGAAAAGAUGAACAGGCUGCAUUUGAUAAUAUUAAACAGGCUUUAAUGUCAGCUCCAGCCGUGGGACUUCCUGAUGUCACUAAACCUUUUCAUCUCUAUGUGGCCGAGAACCAGGGAAUGGCUAAAGGGGUGUUAACUCAAAAGAUUGGACCCUGGAAGAGACCGGUAGCUUAUCUAUCUAAAAAGCUUGAUCCAGUAGCAGCAGGAUGGCCGACCUGCCUUUGGAUAAUAGCAGCAGUCGCCGCAUUGGUAAAAGAUGCUGACAAGCUGACCUUGGGACAAGAUGUUACUGUUUAUGCCCCUCAUGCCCUUGAGAGUGUUGUCAGACAGCCACCUGAUUGCUGGCUCACAAAUGCGCGCAUGACUCAUUAUCAAACUUUGCUUUUAAAUAAUGACAGGAUUACUUUUGCCCCAGCAACGGGGCUAAACCCUGCCACCCUGUUACCAGAUCCAGAGAUUCAGCCCCCAGAGCAUGAUUGCUUGCAGGUAUUGGCGGAAAAACAGGGAUGGCAAAAAAACUUAAAAGAUGAGCCUCUGCCAGAUGCUGAGGUGAUAUAUUACACAGAUGUGAGUAGCUUUUUGGAAAAUGAAAAAAAAAAAAAAAAAAAAAAAGCAGGAGCAGAGGUGGUGGAUGGACACAAGGUAAUAUGGGCCCAAGCGCUGCCUGAAGGCACCUCUGCUCAAUGAGCAGAACUAAUUGCCUUAACUCAAGCAUUAACUUUGGGGAAAGACAAAAAGAUAAACAUCUACACUGACAGCAGGUAUGCCUUUGCUAUGGCCCAUGUGCACGGGGCCAUCUACCAGCAGAGAGGCCUAUUGACGUCAGCUGGUAAAGAAAUUAAAAAUAAAAAUAAAAUCUUGGCCUUGCUCAAUGCCUUACUACUGCGCACCAAGGUAAGCAUAAUUCACUGCCUGGGACAUCAGAAGGGAAAUUCCAAGGCAGCAAAGGGAAAUAACAUGGCUGAUCAGGAGGCUAAAGCAGCUGCUAGAGGAAGUCCUGCUCCAAUGAAAUUAACUACUAAAUUGCCAGAGAAGGAACAGCUAAAAUACUCAGAAGAUGACCUGGAACAAAUACAGAGAAAGCAAGGGACAUUUGAUGCUAAUGUGGGAGCAUGGAUUGACUCCAAAGGUAAGGUCAUUUUGCCACAGGAAGAUGCUAAGAGACUAAUAGCGCAAAUGCUUCAAUGGACUCAUUUACGGGCAAGGAAAUUGACUGAUAUUGUUCUCCAAUCUCCUUACUGAAUACUAAACCUCACUGCUCUAACCAAAAAAGUGACUCAGACAUGUAUCCCUUGCCAAAAGGUAAACGUAGGGAAGAAUUUCCAAAGCUCGGGAAAACGGUUAAGGGAAACUAGACCUGGAAUGCAUUGGGAAGUGGAAUUUACCAAGAUCAAGCCAUUCAGGUAUGGAAAUAAAUAUCUUCUAGUCUUUGUAGAUACCUUCUCAGGAUGGGUGGAAGUUUUUCCCACCAAGAAAAAGACUGCUCAGGUUGUAGCCAAGAAUUUUAGAAGACAUUUUUCCCCAGUUUGGAGUUCCAAAGGUAAUCGGGUCAGAGAACGGGCCGGCCUUCGUUGCUCAGGUCUGUCUGGGUACCGCAUACCACCAAUCGAUGGAUGGUGCGCCUGUGCGAAAGGGAUCACUACUUGUGUAAGUACUCAGGUGCUUGUCAAUUCAUCUGACUACUGUGUCCUGGUCCAGGGAAACCAGUCCAGGAAGUCAGAGGAAGAAACUGCCAUGUCUCAUAAUUCAGACUGGCGUCCUGAGCCCUUUGUUCCCAUGGCUUUCCCUGACACAUGUGUAGGAGAUACAGAACCACUGCAGGAGGCUAUUAUGGUUUUCUGA